CCGCCGAUCCAACGAUAGAGUUUGCGACCUAUUAAAGGGUCGUCGAUUUACGGACCGUCGACACUCGUGACUUGCAACGACAAACAAAGCAUCUGUUAUUCCUUCAUUCAGUAUCACAAAUUCCAUCAAGAAAGCUACAACCUAUUCAAACACGAUCGAAAUAUCACUAAAAGUAAUGAAAAACACACGUGUAAUUGCUUUUACCCUGGUAAUGAUCCUUGCUCUCACGAACACACAAGAUAUAUCUCUUUCACUUCAAAAUCGAAACAUUGUGGAUAAAGAAAUUAGAUGCAUACUUCAACGUAACUCCUGUGACGUUAUUGGCAAGCAGAUUAAAGCAUUACUGCCAGAAGCAUUACAUAAUGGAUGCGCUCGAUGCUCCCCUCAACAGGCACUCAACGCAAAGAAACUCAUGUCCUUUAUGAAGCAGAACUAUCCGAAUGAGUGGCGUAUGAUAUUGCAAAUGUACUUGAAACCAAAACUCGCUGUUUAGUCAACGACGCAACAACAUCACAUCAAUUGAGUUUGUAAAUAAAUUUCACCGACAAAAUUUAGGAGUUUGAAGGGAUUUGGUUUCCAUGCGGUCUGUAGUACCUCUCGUUACCUUAUUUGAACGUCGGCACGAAUGUUACAAGGACAAUGGCAACCGUUAACGAUCGAGCAUUCUUUCCAUUCUUCUGAAACCUUCUCUUUCAUUUGACUCGACAUCAAUUUCUAGACUAUUUUGACGCUCCGAGGGAGAAACCCCAACAAUAAUCACCUAUUUACUUUCAAUAUUAACAUAAUCACUGAGAACCUCGUAAUUAUUAUGUGACUCUUGAUAAAUGUAUUGUAAAAAUAUUUAUUAUUAUGUAUAAAUAUUUACUAACCUAUUACUUAGUA